CUAAGUAAAGGAAUGGAAUUAAGAAUAUAUAAAUAUAUGGAUGAGCAAUGUCAGAGCGAACGCUGUGGGAGAAAGGCAAGACUGCCAAAUGCCUGCCUGAUGCCCGUCCAAAUUUACCCACAAUCCUCAGCGUCCGUUCCCUCUCCUUUGCUCCCAGAAUGCAAAGCCUCUUAGAUGCUGGGACCCCACCACAGUUUGGCUGGGACAAAAGAAUUGUGUGAAAUACCCGGCGGGCCUGUGCUUUAUGGCUGGCAGCUUUACAUAUAAAACAGGCAGGCCUAUCUGUCUCCUCGCAGGCUGCGGCCACAAAGUCCGAAUCCCAGCUUUGAGCACUCUGAGGAUCCUCACUCUGGAGUUCUGAGGAGAGACAGAUUAACACCACCAAACACUGCUCCUAUCCUCUUGCCUGGCUGACGGAGGGAUUGGUGAGGGAGGGGGGGAAAGCUGGAUGAUAGUGUUACAGAGGAAAGUUUAUACUUGUGAAUGUCUCUGACUAACUUUCACAUGUUCUGUAGCAGAAUACCUGUCCCUUGUUUGGGGAGUUGGUUUGUUGGGGUGGAGUCACCAUCUUGCUCUUGGCAGACUGCUGCUGAAGUUGACUGCUUUGCACUUCCAUACAGUUGCUGUCCAUGGUGCUGAAUUGACCAGAGACAUAGAUAUUCAGAAUUCAGCUAACAGUCAAGUCAGAUGAGGAGAAACCUUAGAUCAGUUUAUUUGGUAAAUUUCAUACACCUGGCAUUUUGAAGCAAUAAAAUCCAGUUAUAUUUAAGUAAAGACUGACAUCUAGUGGAAGUGUCCUGCACAGACUGAAACUGAUAUAAAAGACAACUUCCACCCUACUCCUGCUCAGCAGGAAGGAGCAAAGCUCACAACAGAACAGCGCUGUAACAUUCAGCAAUUAAAUAUUCAGUGAACUGUCUUAUAGAAGGACCAAUAAACUUUGUAAACAACCAAGAAUCAAAACAACAAUUGAAGGCUAAGGAACACCGUCAUCCAAAUAUAGAUUUAGACUUUUUAAAAGUAAACCUUCGUCAAAAGACUUGAAAGUAAAGUGAAAGUAAACCUUCUGUUCCAAAGCCAUAACAGAAAGAUAAGCCGUGAGACAUGGCCUCUAAAACUUCCCUCUCCGAGGUUGAUUUCUCCUGUUCUGUGUGUCGUAACAUCUUCAAGGAUCCUGUGGUCGUGUUGUGUAGCCACAGCUUCUGUAAAGCCUGUCUGGAGGAAUACUGGAAACAGAAGACAUCUUGGGAAUGUCCAGUCUGCAGAAAGAAAUCAAUGGAAUUCCCCCCCUGUAACCUGGUUUUAAAGAACCUGUGUGAGUCCUACUUACAGGAUAGAAGCCAGAGAGCUUCAGCAGGGGCUGAGGUGCUCUGCAGUCUGCACAGUGAGAAUCUCAAGCUCUUCUGUCUGGAGGAUAAACAGCCCAUCUGUUUUGUGUGUCAAACUUCAAAAAAGCAUAAAAGCCAUGACUGCUGCCCAAUAGAUGAAGCUGUACUGGAUCAUAAGGUGGAACUCAAAACUGCACUGGAGCCCUUACAGGAGAAACUGAAGGUCUUUAGAGAAGUUAAACUGACAUGUGAUCAAACAGCCAACCACAUCAAGAGCCAGGGCCAGCACACAGAGAGGCUGAUUAAGAUGGGGUUUAAGAAGUUUCAUCAGUUUCUAUAUCAAGAAAUGAGAGCCAGGAUAGCUGCACUGAAGGAGGAAGAGGAGCAGAAGAGUCGGAUGAUGAAGAAGAUGAUUGAGGAGAUGAGCAGAGAGAUAUCAUCACUUUCAGACACAAUCAGAACCAUAGAGGAAGAGCUGGGAGCUGAGGACAUCUCAUUCCUGCAGAACUACAAGGAUACAGUGAAAAGCUCCAAGAGGAAGUUUCAUCAGUUUCUACAUGAGGAAGAGAGAGCCAGGAUAGCUGCACUGAAGGAGGAAGAGGAGCAGAAGAGUCAGAUGAUGAAGAAGAAGAUUGAGGAGAUGAGCAGAGAGUUAUCAUCACUUUCUGACACAACCAUAGAGGAAGAGCUGGGAGCUGAGGACAUCUCAUUCCUGCAGAACUACAAGGAUACAGUGAAAAGGUUCUGA